AUGCUCUUCUGCCUCCUUCAUCCAAUGGACCACAACACCGGACCUUUGGCAAGGAAGUCGACAACGCUUUGUGCUCUGCUGCUGGUAUCCAUCGCUGCGCUCCUAGUGUUUGCAGUUCCUGGACAGGCUGAGGAAGUCGGAGUUGCCAAUCACACCUUGGAGAGAGAUGGAAACAGUGUGACGCUCAAACCAGUCAGUAAGCAGGCCAAAGAGGACUUGAAUUAUGCCGAGUACGUGAAGCGCUUUCCUACAGUCUGUAAUUUCGCAAUCAACAAGACACACAUUAAACUUCUAUACGAAGGCAUAGGGUGCACCGUGGAACUGAUCACAAACGAAACGGAUGGUAUAAAAUUCACGACUGGAUACAUGAAAAAAGAUGGCUGUGAACUGGAUAAAUGUGACGAUGGUGAAGCCAGCUUUGAAGAUGGUUUUUCAAAUCUGCUGCCCUUCGCUUACAGUAGAACCAAUAAGGAAACCGAAAAGCUCAAGGAGGGUCCGAUUUUCGAUGGCGACGACUGUGAUAAUGGAGGGAAGUGCGACGUCGCACACAAAAAGUGCAUGAAGGAGACAUUUCUUGAAGUCUCGUGGAGUAAAUGUCGUGAGGGGCAAACUGAUUAUACAUACGCUCACACCCAUUUAAUCGGUGAAUAUAAGACGGGCCUGGAUCAAUCUCAAGAAGAAAAAGAAGGCCUGAUGGAAUUCAAUCUGGAGAUAAACGCUCAUAAUAGCUUCAAGAUGACAUAUAACAAAAGAAUGAAAGAUAAUAUUAAUUUUGAUGCAAAAGGGAUUGUCUGCGUCUCCAAAAAGAACGCUAUUGUCAAGCCAAAAACAUGGAACAUCAAAAAUGAAGACGGGGAUUUGAAGGAUAAACGUCUGCUCGUCUUUCAUCUACUUCCGCAAAAUGCUACACUAUGGUACAACGGAGGCAAAGUCGAAGGGAAACUUAAUAGAACAAGGCCAAAAUGUGAUCUCUUCAUUCAAUUUAAAAGGCCAGCCUACGAAUUUCUUCAGGUCAACCCUCCUCCAACAACGACUACAAGCACAACCACAACACCCAAUCCAAAACUGAAUAACACAUCACAACCUGUAAAUGCAACUCUAACGCCACGAUCGCAGCAAGGAAACACAACAAAUGUGCAAACCGAAGAAGGAAGUAAUGCCUGGAUUUGGAUAUUUGUGAUUUUUGCGGUGAUUGCUGUAAUUUGCCUCGGUGUCGUCGGCUUCCACUUUUACAAAGAAUAUAAAGAGAUAAAAGAUGAGGACGAGAAAGAGAGAGCCUUUUGGUCCAACUUUGGAGACGAAAAGAAGAUUGCUGAUGAAAACAAAAAACGCUCUUCCGCAGAGGGUCCUUCCUUGGAAGAUCAAUUCGUCAAGGAGAUUUAUGAAAGGAUGGAGGAGGAGGAUUUGGAGAACGCGAAAAAAUACAAAAUUCUGCUCUUCCAAUUGUACUUGCCGUUAUUGGAGGAAAAAGGUUUCAAGACAAUCGGUACAUUCAGGGAGUGGAGGAAGAAGAAUAAACUGUUCCAUGAAAGAGGCGAGACCUUGAAUGAAUUUAACAUAAAAGUAACGAGCGCGGUUGGAAAAAGAGAUACGAAAGAAAAUGUCGAGAAUUAUUUCCAGAUGAAAAGAGAAGAGGCCGAAGAGAAGAAGACAAAGGACGACAAGGUGAAGAAGGAUAAGACCCCGAAGGACCCGGCUCCGAAGAAGACAGACGCAACUGAGUAGG